GACAUGAAGACUGGAGAAUCAUGUUUCAGAUGACGACAGCAGUCACGUGUGAUUGUUUCUGCAGGAAAUUGAUUCAGUCGGUCCUGAAACUGGGAAGAAUCAACGUCUCAGCGACAUUUUCAAAGGACCAAGAAGUUGUUCAGUCUGCCUCUGCCGUCGUUACGGGUUGGAAUGCCAUCUCUGUUACAGAAUGAUACGUGCUAAUUGCACCUAACAUACUGACAGGAUGUCGGAGCUGUGCAAAUUAAUAAAAACGUUCAUAGCCACCAGCUAGUUCACUGGCUAACUAGCACGCUUUACGAACAACCCUUCGCUUGUUUUCUAAAGCAAGAGGACGUUCGGCUCGGCCAGUUCAACAGCCACUGUCAGCUGGACUGUGACAGUCACAAUCGGAUACCAACAGUAUUCACAUGUUUGGUGAUUUCUGGUCGAAAUGGAGCUAUUUCAAGCCAAGGAUCAUUACAUUCUACAAAGCGGUGACAACGCACUGUGGUGCAGUAGAAAGGAUGGCACCAUGAGCGUAAGACCCGCCACGGACCUGCUGCUGGCCUGGAACCCUGUGUGCCUGGGGCUGGUGGAGGGCCUGAUUGGGAAGAUCCAGCUGCACGUGGAUCUGCCCCUGUGCCUGGUCUUGAUCCGGCAGAAAGCGCUGGUCGGGGAGCUACCGGGAAACCACAAAGUCUACAAGAUCACCAAGAUCGCCGUGGUGGAGCUGUCGGAGGAUGAGCCCCAGGACUUGGAGCUGGAGCUCUGCAAAAAGCACCACUUUGGCAUCAACAAGCCGGAGAAGAUCGCCCAGUCCCCUGACGAGUCCAAGUUCCUGCUGAAGACCCUGAACCAGAUCAAGUCCAACGUAGCCGUCCCCAUCAAGAAAAAGGUGAAGGAGAACAAGGAGAAGGAGCGGCUGGAGAGACGGCUGCUGGACGAGCUCGACAAGAUCUUCAUGGACUCAGACUCCUUCUACUACAGCCUGACCUACGACCUCACCAACACCGUGCAGAGACGGGGAGCAGACGCGGACAAGUCAGACCUGCCCAUGUGGAAACGGGUCGAUGACCGGUUCUUCUGGAACAAGCACAUGAUCCAGGAACUUCUGAACCUUGAGGUGCCUCAGGUGGACUUCUGGGUGGUGCCCGUCAUCCAGGGCUUCGUGCAGGUGGAGGAGCUGGUGGUGAACUACAAUGAUACUGCAGAGGAGGAGAAGAGCAGCCCCGACACCCCCCUGCAGGAGAUGACCUGCGUGGACAACAUCCACCCGCGCUUCACGGUCGCCCUCAUCUCCAGACGCAGUCGACAUCGCGCUGGGAUGCGCUACAAGAGGCGAGGCGUGGACACAGAUGGUCACGUUGCCAAUUAUGUGGAGACGGAGCAGCUGAUCCACGUCCACAGCCACACGCUGUCCUUCGUGCAGACCCGGGGCUCCGUGCCCAUAUUCUGGAGCCAGUCGGGCUACCGCUACAACCCAAGGCCGCGCCUCGAGAAAGAUGAAAAAGAAACUGUUCCCUACUUUGCUGCUCACUUUGAACAACAGCUCAGCAUCUACAAGAAGCUGGUGAUACUCAACUUAGUGGACCAGGCUGGACGAGAGAAGGUGAUCGGCGACUCAUUCCUCAAACAAGUGCUGCUCUACAACAACUCCAAUCUGACAUACGUUUCCUUUGAUUUCCACGAACACUGCCGAGGGAUGAAGUUUGAGAACGUGCAGACCUUGACAGACGCCAUCUGGGACAUCAUUAUGGACAUGAAGUGGGCCUGGGUGGACCAGGCGGGCGUCAUCUGCCAGCAGGAGGGCAUCUUCCGGGUCAACUGCAUGGACUGCCUGGACAGGACCAAUGUGGUGCAGGCUGCAAUCGCCCGGGCGGUCAUGGAACAACAGCUGAAGAAGUUGGGCGUGAUGCCACCGGAGCAGCCGCUGCCCCUGAAGUGCUACCGCAUCUACCAGGUGAUGUGGGCCAACAACGGGGACACCAUUAGCCGCCAGUACGCCGGCACCGCCGCCCUCAAGGGGGAUUUUACGCGUACGGGGGAGAGGAAACUGGCCGGCGUGAUGAAGGAUGGGGUGAACUCAGCCAACCGCUACUACCUGAACCGCUUCAGAGACGCCUACAGGCAGGCCGUCAUCGACCUGAUGAUGGGCCUGCCAGUGACGGAGGACCUGUACUCCAUCUUCAGCAAGGAGAAGGAGCACGAGGAGAAGGAGAAGGAGAGCCAGCGUGGUGCCCAGGAGCAGGUGGGCCUGCUGCUGCAGACCUACAUGCAGCUGCUGCUGCCCGACGACGAGAACUUCCACGGCGGCUGGGCCCUCAUCAACUGCGACCCCAGCCUUAUUGAUGCCACCAAACAAGACGUGGAUGUGCUGCUGCUGCUGUCCAACAGUGCAUACUACGUUGCUUAUUAUGAUGAUGAGGCAGACAAAGUCAACCAGUACCAGCGGCUGAGUCUGGAAGGCUUAGAAAAGAUUGAAAUAGGACCAGAGCCUACUCUGUUUGGCAAACCAAAGUAUAUUUGUAUGAGGCUACACUACAAGAACGAAGAGACCAGCGGCUACUUCCACACGCUAAGGGCGGUGUCUAGGAACCCAGAGGAUGAUGGGAAAGAUACCCUGCAGUGCAUAGCGGAGAUGCUGCGAAUAGGCAAGCAGGCCUUAGGCCUGGACCUGCCCGUCAUUGAGAAGAGGCUGGAGAGGAAGCAGAGUAAACCUCAUGAAGACAUCAUGGGCAUCCAGGGCAAAGCUGGCGACCAGGCCCUGGGCUCCGGCCUGGCGCAGGGAAAGAGCUUCCUCCUCAACAAGUUCUCCUCCCUCAACCAGAAGGUCAAGCAGUCCAAUGUGCUGGGCGGUCGGCUGGGCACCUUCUCCAAACCGGAGGUGAAGGUGAACUUCCUGAAGCCCAACAUGCGCGUCAACCUGUGGAAGUCGGACAGCAGCCUGGAGACGGGAGACGGCGCCAACAUGCCGGGCUCGGUGGCCAUGAAGGACCUGUGCGACAACAACUCGGACCUGGAGAUCUCCGACUCGGACUCCUACAACUCGGACGACGGGCAGCAGCAACAGCUGCCUCCUGACAGCGCGGGGGGCGGCGCCGACUACGUGCUGCCCAGCUGCGGCAUCGUGGCCUCGGCCCCGCGCCUCUCCAGCCGCUCGCAGUCCGUCAGCAGCGUGGAGAUUGCCGUGCCCACCGCGGUGCACCACGCCACCUCCGACUGCGGCCAGGGCGACGGGCCCUCGCCCGAGGCCGCCCAGGAGGCCAUCCUCAUAGACUUCGGGACGCCCAUCGACGUCUACUGUCACCAGUUUGCCCAGGACGCUCAGACCAAGCCCCCCUCCACCACCGGGGGGAAGGAGGCGGCGGGCCGCGUGGAGCAGCCGGUUCUUCCACAACACCUUAAUGCUAAAGAGCCUCCUGGUCUUCCUCCUCGUCCGUCCUCGCUGGACUCCUCAAAGACAGUGUCCUCCCAGCAGCCUCAGCCUCCACAGCAGGCGAAGGAGCAGGAGCAGGAGCAUCCGCUGCAGCCUCCCAGACCGUCCCAGCUCAACGUCCAGCCCUCGGCUGCAGCUCCGGCCUCUAACCUGCUCAACGUCCAUCCCCCCGCCCCUGGCUGCGGCUCGGCCGUGUCGGGCGGCUCGCAGCGGAGCCUGGGCUCCUUCCAGCUGGGGGAGGGGGGCAGCAGCCUGGGGCCCUCACCGGCGGACAGCAACGGCAGCCGUGUGGUCUCGCCCUUCGCCAAGAUCAAGAGCUCCAUGGUGCAGGUGGCCAGCCUGACGCAGGCGGGCCUCACCCAGGGCAUCAGCUUUGCCGUGGCCAAGGUGCAGAAGAGUCCGGAGCCCGAGGCAGCCGCUGCCGCCGCCGCCCUCACCGAGGCCCAGGAGAGCGAACUCAAAGCAAUGUUCACACAGUGCCAGACCCGGAUCAUCCAGAUCUAGCACCUUUUCUUUCCUUCCAAGUUCUUGGGCCUUGUGCACUUCUCUUUUUUUCCUUCCUGUCAAGAGUCUUUUUCGGGGGGCAACACUUUAUUUGACGCGGCCUACAUAAGAGUAUCAUAUAACCGUCACAAGAAUGGCAUGACACACUGCAGGAACGUUCAUGAUACAUUAUUGAUUUUUAUGACUGUUGUCAUCAUGUGUCCUUUUGUGUUUUCGGAAUGUGUAGUUUGGGUGUCAUGACAUCUCCAAAGAACGAAUGACGCAUUAUGACAAUUGUCAUAAAAUAUCAAUAAUGUGACAUUCAUGUUCCUGACAUGCAUCACAUCAUUCUUCUGACAUGAACCCUUCUGGAGGCCACAUCAAAUAAAGUGUUGCCUUUUGUGUUGUGGUUGGGCGUGACUUUCCAGUAACAGUUACAGUAGCAGUAGCAUAAGCUUGCACAACGGGGCUGGCAUCACACACUGACAGCAGCUGACACCCCCUGCUCUUAAAAACGUCCAUCCUCUCUACUAGUUAAGCUGACCGAUGUUUACAUUCAGUGUUGUUGUAGUGCGGUAGUAGACCUAAUCUAAAAACUUGACUAUACCCCACUUCACUUAACCUGACUGACGUUUUUCACUCACAUCCAUACUCUUCAUGCGUUUCCUUUGCAUGUGAGGAAGGCUGAUCUGUGGUAGCUACUAGUCCCGACUCGAGGCAGGCAAGCGCUUACUGCUGCAUGUCGAAGAAACUAACUACCCUCUAAAAAAAAAAAGAGUCUCUCAUGAUCCCAAUCCAAGCAGUUAAACUCUCUCUUUGGCUGGUUGUCCUCUUUUCCACGUGAGCGUCACCCCUUCUUUAGCUGCUUCCUUAGACAGAGGUAGAUAUAACUGACCAAACCUUUCCUUGAAACAUAUAGGCAGCUCAGUCUGAGACAGUACAUUUAUAGCAGGAAGCGUUUUAAAUGUUGGAUAAUAUUGUGUUUUAUGAUUAGAAAACGCACCAAAGUAGGAGUUGAGCUAUUAAAAGAGCUGUUUAAAUAUGUACAGGAAAUAUUGUAUGUGAUUAUGAUGUACUGUAUAUCUUGUCUAUUCUCUAGUAGAAGAACCCCUCAGAUGUAUUUAUAGGCAAGUAAGGUUUUAUCCAGAAUUUUAUCCACAGAAGCCGUGCCGUUUGUUAGCGGUGUGAGAUUCG